CGCCUGCGGGGAGGGCUGCGAGGGGGGCGGCGGGAGCUGGUGUUGGCGGCAGCGGCCCCGGGGUCCUGGCCUGCAGGGGCCCAGAUGGGGUGUGCCGGGUCCCCGACAACCCCGACCCCGCGCCUUGGCCAAGCGGUGCACUCGGGCCUUGCGCGCGCCCAGGGCGCCGCGUCCUCAUUUCGCCGGGGUGGAGACGGGCAGAGGGCGAAGCCACUUGUCCAAGGUCACGCAGUUGGGUCUCCACCCAACUCCAUGCUUCGAAUCCUGCUCUCUGCCCAGACUUCCCCUGCUCGGCUGACUGGCCUGCUGCUCAUCCCGCCACUACAGCCCUGUUGUUUGGGGCCCAGCAAGUGGGGGGACCGGCCUCUUGGAGGAGGCCCCCCUGCGGGUCCUGUGCAAGGCCUGCAGCGGCUUCUGGAACAGGCACGGAAUCCUGGGGAGCUGCUGCGCUGGCUGAGCCAGAAUCCCACCAAGGUGCGCGCUCACCACUAUCCUGUGGCUCUUCGUCGCCUGGGCCAGCUCUUGGUGUCUCAGCCCAGGCCCCCUCCUGUGGAACAGGCCACGCUGCAGGAGUUGAGCCAGCUCAUCGUCCGAAACUGCCCCUCCUUUGACGUUCACACCAUCCAUGUGUGUCUACACCUUGCUGUUUUACUUGGGUUUCCAUCAGAUGGGCCACUCUUGUGUGCCCUGGAGCAGGAGCGGAGGUCCCGACUCCCUCCAAAGCCACCUUCCCCCCAGCAUCCUGCCUUCCAGGGUGAGCAAAGGUUGGAAGCGGCCCUGAGCUGCCCGCGUUUCCUGCGGUACCCUCGGCAACAUCUGAUCACCAGACUGGCAGAGGCAAGGCCAGAGGAAUUGACUCCCCACGUCAUGGUGCUUCUCGCUCAGCAUCUGGCCCGGCACCGCUUGCGGGAGCCGCCGCUUCUGGAAGCCAUUGCUCACUUUCUGGUGGUCCAGGAAGCCCAGCUCAGCAGCAAGGUGGUACAGAAGUUGGUCCUGCCCUUUGGGAGGUUGAACUACCUGCCUGUAGAGCAGCAGUUUAUGCCCUGCCUUGAGAGGAUCCUGGCUCGGGAGGCAGGGGUGGCGCCCUUGGCCACCGUCAACAUUUUGAUGUCACUGUGCCAGCUUCAGCACUUGCCCCUCAGAGCCCUGCAGUUUGUCUUCUCCCCCAGUUUCAUCAACCACAUCAGUGGCACCCCCCAUUCUCUGAUUGUGCGUCGCUACCUCUCCUUGCUCGACACGGCUGUGGAGCUCGAACUCCCAGGAUACAGAGGCCCCCGCCUUCCAAGAAGGCAGCAAGUGCCCAUCUUCCCACAGCCCCUCAUCACUGAUCGUGCCCGCUGCAAAUACAGCCACAAGGACAUAGUAUCUGAAGGGCUGCGUCAGCUGCUAGGGGAGGAAAAGUACCGGCAGGACCUGACUGUACCUCCAGGCUACUGCACAGACUUUCUGCUGUGCGUCAGCAGCUCCGGUGCUGUGCUUCCUGUGAGGACGCAGGACCCCUUCCUACCUUACCCACCCAGGUCCUGCCCACAGGGCCAGGCUGCCUCUAAUCCCACAACGCCAGACCCUGCCCAAAGGGUGGUGCUGAUUCUACAAGAACGCUGGCAUUUCUGCCGUGGUGGCAGGGUGCUGCUGGGCUCUCGGGCCCUCAGGGAGCGGCACUUGGGCCUGAUGGGCUACCAGCUCCUGCCGCUGCCCUUUGAGGAACUGGAGUCACAGAGGGGCCUGCCCCAACUCAAGAGCUACCUGAGGCAGAAGCUCCAGGCCUUGGGCCUCCGGUGGGGGCCUGAGGGGGGAUGAGGGGUACAUGUGGGGCUCAGAAUGGCUCCCCUAUGGGGGGCAGACAAUUUGCACUUUGGUUCCCUAUGUUUUGUUUUUUCAUUAAAGUCCCUUUCAUUCCUCA